CCUCCACCCUGGUGCUGCGGGCCGGGGCUGGCUGGCAGUGGUUGUGGCCUGGUAGUGUGUGUUGUGAUCGUGGCCGACCAUCACCACCUCCGACUUCACCAUUCACACCUCCGGAACCACCAGGAACUAAAGCACGCGAGAUAGCUAAAGGUGAGUUUGAGAGCUGGGAGGGACGCCUAAUCACCUGGACCAGACGCUCGGGCCAGCAGACAGUUGUGUGGUCCCCAUCUGACGGCCGCACCACCACCACCACUACAACCACUACCACCACCGCCGCCGCCUCCGCCACCUCGGCCAUCAUGUCGCGGAAGUUCUCAUGUAACCCGAAGACGAUAAAGGAUGCGAUAAAUGCCAACCUCUUACCCAUCCUUACCGUGUCGGGCGUUACAGGGGGCGUGGUGUUGGGCGUCAUCCUACGGUACUCUCGGGAUGGGCCUUGGUCGAAGCGUGAGGUGAUGUAUGUCGGCUACAUCGGUGAGCUGUUCCUUCGUGCACUGAAGGCGCUCAUCAUCCCCCUCAUCGUCUCCUCCCUCGUCUCAGCCAUUGGUUCUCUUGAUCUGUCACUAUCCAAAAAGAUCGGUCUCCGCGCUGUGGCCUACUACAUGACGACGACUGUGCUGGCGGUCGUCCUCGGUAUCAUCUUGGUCGUCAGCAUCCACCCCGGUAAGGGCUCCGACGAAGGCAUCACCAAGGCCGGAGAGGCUCGCAGUGUCUACACCCCUGACCUCCUCAUGGAUCUCCCCAGAAACUUAUUCCCUCCCAACCUGAUUCAAGCUUGCUUCGAGACGUACAAGACGGUCAUCGUGGAGCCAAAAAUUGAUGAGAAUGACACACGAAUAGAGGAAUGGAAAAGGAAAUAUAACUGGACUGAGGGUACAUUACCACCUAAGUCUGAGUGGGACAUAGGUAGCGAUCACUCCCGAGCCCUCAAUAUUAUGGGUCUGGUCAGCUUCGCCACCGUCCUAGGCCUGGCUUUGUCUACCUUGGGCGCUAAAGGCAAACCCCUCCUCAGCUUCUUCCAGUCCCUCUCUGACGCUUCUAUGGUCAUCACCUCUUGGUUGAUCUGGAUUUCUCCCAUUGGUAUCCUCUUCCUGGUGGCCUCCAUGAUGAUCGAGAUGGAGGACUUUAGCGUUAUGUUGGGCCAGCUGGGUCUCUACUUCGGCACUGUGGUGUUGGGCAUCUUCAUCCACGGCUUCCUCGUCCUCCCUGCCCUCUAUACAAUCUUCACUCGCAAACUACCAUUCCGCUUCCUGGCUAACAUGACUCAAGCUUACAUCACGGCUUUUGCCACGGCUUCCAGCUCAGGAACCCUGCCAGUAACUUUCCAGUGCCUUGAGGAAAAAAACAAAAUUGACCCCCGCGUGACUCGGUUUGUCAUCCCUAUCGGCGCCACUAUCAACAUGGACGGCACCGCCCUGUACGAAGCUGUGGCGGCCAUCUUCAUCGCACAAGUCAGAGGCAUGGCUCUUACUAUUGGCCAGGUCGUGGCUAUCAGCAUCACAGCCACAGCAGCAGCCAUCGGCGCCGCAGGUAUCCCACAGGCAGGUCUGGUCACCAUGGUGAUGGUGCUUGACGUUGUUGGUCUACCAGCUGAAGACAUGACCCUCAUCAUUGCUGUGGACUGGUUGCUUGACCGAUUCCGUACGAUGAUCAACGUUCUGGGAGACAGUAUUGGUGCUGGACUGGUGUACGAACUUAGUAAGAAAGAAUUGGAGCAAAUGAACAUUAAUGCUAAUGGUGAUGUGGAGCGACCCUCCAAUGAAAUAGCUAUGGAUACAGUCGAGUCCAGCAAAAUGUGAGAAAAGGCGAACUGUAACUCCCAACUCGAUAUAAAGUAUACCAGCUCUGCCAGCCCUCCCACAUUACACCUUCAGGGUCUUGGUACGGCCAGGGACGCAACCACACAGGGCUGGACGCAACUAACUUCUUCCCAGCAUGAAACUCUUCUUUAGAAUGGUUGUUCCAACUUCCAAAAAGGUGUGCAAUGCCUAAGGUUGGUUGGCAGGUUUCAGAAAGAAUCUUCCAUGCCCUCCACAAGUAAAAUUUUGUGUGUUUUACAAGGGGGUGAUAUAUAUAUAUAUAUAUAUAUAUAUAUAUAUAUAUAUAUAUAUAUAUAUAUAUAUAUAUAUAUAUAUAUAUAUAUAUAAUCUCAGAUUUUUUAUUAGCAGGUGUUAAGAAUUGUUACUAUGGAGGGCACACAGUCACACACACACACACACAGUGUCUGAUACAUUAUAUGUCUGAGACUUCCAUACUGUUUAAGUGCUAGAAGAGAAACAAAAGAAUUAUAUUGGUUAAUACCAAUAAACUUCUCUUUAGCUAUUGUAUAAGAGAAAAGACAGAAUUGUUAUUUUAUUAGGAAAAAUAUGUUUUAAAUUUUAUAGACUAUUGUAAGUUGUGCAGCAUUUUAGUUAGAAUGCAUUUCACUUUUUAAACUUUAUUAUUUUUAGUAUGGCAUCUAAUUUUAAUUGUUGUCACAAAAAAAAGUGUGAACACGUUUGGAUCCUUUUUUUACAUACUGUUAAGGUUAGAUAUAUUAACCAAGUUGGCCUAGCGUUAAUAUAUUAUCUUAGUUGUCUUCCUGAAGGGGAUAACUUUAUUAUAUCUUUGUUUUACUGGCAACUAAAAUCAUAUCAAAUAAUUAGCUGAGAAUGAUGCACAACAUGUUGUAUAUAAGAAAGUGCAUUUAUUGUACAUCAAAUGACAAUAUAUUACUUAGAAAAAAAUAAAAGUAUUUGGUAUUGUAUAGAAGCAGUUUUGCAAUUGUUGUUGUCUUGUUGGAGAGUAUAUAGAUAUAUAUUUGUUGUCAAGUCGUAGGGCCUCAACAACCACUCGUGUUUGUGUAAGAUGUCAGAAACCUUCUUUCAUCCUCAUUUUCUUCAGAUGUGUAGAUACUAUUAACAUAGCUGUGUGAAACCGAGCAAUAAAGCCGAAUAACUGUACAGCCCAAAAUUUCAGCAUGAUAUUAACGACUAUAGACUGUCGAGAACUUGCCUUGGUAUAUGGCUUUGGUUUCACAUAUCAUCUACCAUGUAAAUAUUCGAUGAAUAUGUACAAAUGUGUAUUUAAGGGACAUGAACCCUGGGAGCAUAUGUUUCCACAACCAUUCAUAAGAGUCCUUGACUGUUGUUUUAACUUCAUAGGAAAGACAAGCAAUAUUCUCUUCAGUUACCACCAGACACUCUUGUUUUACAGUGAGAAGUGUGGAGUUUACGUAUAUCGUACAGUAUAACACUUUGUUGGGUAGUUACCACAGUCACAUCAGUAAUACUAAAUGAUCUGUCGAUUCAUAUAAAUUAGUGGUAAUUCAUUCACAUAUGUUAGGAGGUAUGAAACAUGCAACUCAGAGAUUAUUUUAAGUAGUGUAGGAACCAGGAAACCCCUCUAAAAUUUGGGCUCGCUUGUCAUUGAAGUAUUAUUAUCUUUAACUUGUAAUGAUUUGUUGAUGUGAGCAUUUAAUCUUGCAGUUUUUUAUUGUACACAGAAGCAACAAGUAUUUUUCUCUAGAAGUAGGGAAAUUUGCAUCUGUCAAGAGGUACAGCCCUCGUUAGAAGAAAAAAAAAUAAUUAUUCAGCGGAUAAAUGUUAUUUUGUAAUUGAGGUGAAGGAGGACAGUGUACAUCAUUAGGGCUGUGUUGUGUUUAGUAAUAGUACAGUAUUAUAAGUGUGAAGGGAAAAGCAAUUCACAAAAUGUAGUGGAGGGAGGGUUAAAGGGGUACUUACUUGUCUGGAACAAUAAACACCACCACCACCACACUAAUGUUCCGAGACUGCUGGAUUGCAUGAUGCCUCACAACCGUAGAAACACAAACAAACGAGCCACUGAGGGCAAAAACGUGUGUAUUUGAAAAAGAGGAAGGAAAAUAUAUAAUAUGUAUAUAUUAUAGUAUAUAUUACACCUUCUUGUCUUAUCCCCUUCAUUAGCUGGAGACUGAGUGUUGCACAAUUCUGCUGUGUAGUUGUGCUAAGUGAAGUGAGGGGUUUAUUGUAUGGGUAAGAGUGACUGAUUUUUAGCAGUAAGGUUUACCUCUCUUCAUAUCAUAUUCUACUUCAUCAUUGUACUUGAGAGAAUCUAGUAGUAGUGUUUUUUUUUAUAGAUGAUAGAUAAACGAAAUAAAUAAAUGUUAAGGAAUGUUUGUGCUUGUCAUAGAAGACACUUUCUGAUGUUAGAUUGGAUAUUUAUUAUGAUUCAGAGGGUCUCAAAAUAAUUGUUUGAUAAUGAACCUUGUAGUAAUGUACCAUCUGAAAGGCAACAUUUUGUGAUACAUUCAAUAGUUUUAGUGCACUGAAACUAUACUUAGGUAUAUUGGUUGAUGCAUUAUAGUGGCUUGGUUUUCAAAGUUGGAGAAAAAACUUAUAUGGAUUAAUACAAGAACGUUUUGCAAGUUGAUGGAGAGUAAACUUGUUGAGCUGAACUGUGUACGUGCCUCAGCAAUGCCGUGUCUGGGGCAGCCGUGUCAACCAAAAAUAUUUUUUUUUAUGUACAAACUGUUGAAUGUGUGACAUAAAUGUAUCUCUGAACAUGAGUUAAGAUAUAAAUCAACUGUCAUAACAUUGUUUCAUGUAAUUUUUCUGUCUUUAACCUUUUGUAAAUGUAAUUUCUAUGAGGUUGUUAUGUCUUGAAUAAGCCAAAAGAAGUUAUUACAGGUAAGUACAGCAUAAUGGACCAAAGUACCUUUCAGACUAGCAUCUUCCAUAGUGAGUGUAAAUCAUCCAAAAUGUGAUAUGUUAUAGUGUGUUUAGGACGGAUAAGGGCCGUUGGCGACCACUUGUUUCAGUUGACAGAUUGUACAUUAAUCAAAUUGAGGGCCAGUACUGGAGACCCAUUAAUUCUUGCACAAAUCAUUUUGAAAUUAUAAACGAGACAUUUUUCCUUUCUAAUCAGCUGUAUGUUAAGCUCAAACUACAGUAUGAGUAAAUAAAUUUAUAAUGUAACAAAUGGGA